AGACGGUGUAUUACUGGGAAUAAAUGAAUGUCAAAAAAAAGAUCGAUCAUCGACUUAAUCAAGACUGUUGAGCCAUGGUUGAGAGUAGAUAGGUAGAUACAUGGUGGUAAAGUAUACCACUGAGGUAGGGAGAUGGCAGCUCCGUAUACUGUAUUACAAAGGGUCUCUAUAAAAAAUAGUUAAUCCAAUUGGGGUAGAUGAGGGGCUAAGUAUGUGUAGGUGAAUUUUUGCUAUCGCAGGGGUUGUUUUGUUGAGAGAUGUCACCACUUCUUUUUAUACAGAAUCAAAGAGGUACAGAAUCUUAUGUCAACGUACGUACGUACAGAUUUGAAAUCAGUGAUACAGAAAAUGUGUCAGUGACACCACAAUAUAAGGGUGACACAGUGCAUAACUUGGAAUUCCAAAUUUGAAUUCCCAUUAUUAUGAGAGCUGAGAACACCAGUUUGCUAUUCCUAGUGUGUUGAAAUGUCGAGUAACUCAGCAAAUGGGUUCACCAAAAAUAUUGGGCUGUCAAAUAAGAACCUGGAAGAUAAACCAUCUGGUAGAUCAAAUCAGCUCUUUUGGAUGGUCUGUAUUUUGACGACAUGUGUCAAAGUUCUGCUAUUUCCCACAUACCAUUCAACCGACUUCGAAGUGCAUCGUAAUUGGCUUGCAAUAACUCAUAGCUUACCACUUGAUCAAUGGUAUAUAAAUGCCAAGUCGCAAUGGACUCUCGAUUAUCCACCUUUUUUUGCUUGGUUCGAAUAUUUCCUCAGCUACUUUGCUCAAUUCGUUGAUCCCAAGAUGCUAGAUGUAAAUAAUUUAGAACAUAUUUCUUUUGGGACAAAGAUAUUUCAACGAACAACAGUUAUAUUUGCUGAUUCAAUAUAUGCGUAUGGCAUAAAAGAAAUCAGUCAAACAUUCCACUGGUCAGAGCAAGGAUAUGCAACUUUGAUACUUUUGGCUUUGUGCAAUGUUGGAUUAUUAAUUGUUGAUCAUAUUCAUUUUCAAUACAAUGGAUUUUUGCUGGGUGUUCUGAUGGUCUCCAUAUCCCGAGUAACUAGGAUUUCAGAAGAGAGCCAGCUUCUUCAAGGAGCAUUCUGGUUUGCUGUUUUGUUAAAUCUAAAACACUUAUACAUCUAUGUAGCCCCUGCAUUUAUUGUCUGGUUGUUGCGAUGGUAUUGCUUCAAAGAUAGAAGACCUGUUAUGCGGAUUUUUAAACUCGGAAGUAUUGUCCUAAUCACUGUUGCAUUCUCGUUUGGACCAUUCGUAAAACAAUUGCCUCAGGUGAUGACGAGACUCUUUCCAUUCAAACGAGGAUUGGUCCAUGCAUAUUGGGCAGCUAAUGCAUGGGCCUUAUAUACAGGAUUUGACAAAGUACUGCUAGUGAUAUGGAAGCGACUUGAUUGGCUAACUGCUUCUGGUUCAGCAUCAAUGACUGGUGGAUUAGUCCAAGAAUAUUCUUAUGCAGUUUUGCCUACUCCUACUCCUCUUGCAACUCUUGUGAUCACGUUUAUUUCGAUGCUCCCUGCACUAUGGAACUUAUUUACUAAAAAGACCGCCACAUCACCACAACAUUUUACAAGAUGUGUUGUUCUCUGUGCGUUAACAUCUUUCAUGUUUGGCUGGCAUGUUCAUGAAAAAGCUAUACUGACAGCAAUAAUACCGCUCUGUGCACUGGCUACAAUUGAUGCACUAAGUGCAAAGAUUUUUAUCAUUUUAAGCGCAGCUGGUCACACAGCAUUGCUUCCGCUGCUCCAUCAAAUCAAUUUGGCUCCAUUGCGAAUACUGCUCCUUUUAGUCUACACUCUUCUAAGCAUAGCCACUCUGAGCAGUUUGCAUAAGAAACCGAUAUUGAAGAAGUACGAGUUAUUUUACAUUACCGUACUUCCGUUGUUACCAAUCUAUGAAACUGGCCUACAUAAACUAGUGUUCUCUGAAAGCCUACCAUUCCUACCACUCGCUCUCACAUCAUUGUACUGCGCUAUUGGGGUCACUUAUUGCUGGCUAUAUUAUUAUAUUAUGUUGUUUAAAGAUACCAAACGUACUUUUGUAUCGAACUGAAUGAACUUGGGAUUAUUAUCAUAGAUAA